AUGAGUCUCUCAGCGCGUGCGACGGUGGCGUCAGCGCCCGCCAACGGCUCACUGCUAUGGGAUGUCCAAGCCGAUCUCUGGAACCCAGACAGCAACCCUCAGGGCUACGUGAGCUUGGGCAUGGCAGAGAACGUCUUGAUGCAAGAAGCCCUCCUCAAGCGCGUUGCGCAGGUUCCUCUCAUCCCAGCUACAGCCUUCACUUAUGGCGAUGGCACAACUGGGUCGAAGCGCCUCAAGAACGCCCUCGGAGCGUUCUUGACCAAGCAUUUCCACGCCUAUAGGAGGGUGGAAGCUUCACACAUCACAAUCACGAACGGCUGCAGCGCAGCCAUCGAGCAUCUCGCCUGGGCCUUCGGCAACCAAGAUGAUUUCUUCCUGGUGGGCAAACCAUUCUUUCGCGCUUUCGUGCCCACGACCGGACUGCGGGUAGCCACAAAUCUCAUAUCAGUUCCAUGCGAGGGCCUUGAUCCUUUUGGCAUCGACGUCGUCCAGACCUACGAGAGAGAAAUAGUCCGGGCCCACGGGCAUGGCCAGAAAGUGGCAGGCAUCAUUCUCUGCAACCCUCACAAUCCCCUCGGUCGAUGCUACACAAGGGACGCAAUCAUUGGUCUGAUGAGACUAUGCCAGAAGCAUAAACUUCAUCUCAUCAGCGAUGAAGUCUAUGGUCUCUCGACAUUCACAAAUGAUAUUGAUUCCAUCCCACCAUCGACACCAUUCACAUCUUGCCUCUCCGUUGACACCACAAAUAUCGUCGAUCCGGCUCUCAUUCACGUCGUCUGGGGGGUUUCAAAAGACUUUGGCUCCAACGGAAUCCGCCUCGCUGCUGUUAUUUCCCAGGAGAACCCGGCACUUCAUAGAGCCUUGGUCCCCGUUGCACUCUACAGUAUGAGCUCAUCUUUGGCAGACCACACCUUCUCCAGCAUUCUAGAAGAUGAGAGCUGGGUAGAUGAUUACUUGGUAGAGAACCGAAGGCUACUUGCUCGUCACCACAAGUUCAUAGUAAACUGGGCUCGGGAUCACAAGAUCACAUAUGCUCCAGGUGCAAACGCAGCAUUUUUUCUAUGGGCUGACCUUGGCAAGGCAUACCGUGACCGACACCCCGAAAAGAUCAUUGAAGACCCAGAGAAGGAGAUUAUAGCAAUCAUGUUACAGCACAAAGUCUUUGUUGCACCCGGGCAGGGUUUCGGAGCGGAAGAGAAUGGUUGGUUCAGGCUUGUGUUUUCGAUCGACCUCAAGACUCUCACCGAAGGCUUAAGUCGAAUCAUGCUUGCCCUUGAACACCAAUGA